AUGGCUGUAUGCGUUGGCGCCUGCAUGAGAGCCCCCGAGCCUGUAUUAGUGCAAUACAACAAACCAGUGUACCGCCACUGUAUCACGCUAGCUGAUCGGGCUGCUUCGCAAUUAUCAACAUCCCAUCAACGGAAAAUUGGAGGUUUGAACGCCCGGCCCAGCAGGGAUGACCAUAUCACAUGA